UCUACUAUGAUUUUGAUAGCUGUUUUGGCGUUGUUCGUGCCGGCUCGGUCAACACCUAGUGUAGACGGAUCUGUGUAUUAUGAUGCUGCUACACGUAAGUUUACUUUUCAAGAGGGGCUGGACCCCACCGCUGCGGCAUACGCUACGUUUACUGAUGAGAUUUUCACUACAGGUUGGUCUCGCUUGACUGUAACUACGAAUGGCCUAUAUGAUGACCGAAUUCAGGCAUUUGCUGCUGGCUUUGUCGAGAGUCACUUGACUUACGAAUUGAUACACAACCACAACAUCAACACAGUCGGCUCCUACUGCAGUCAACCUUCAUCAUACUGCUCACGUCUGGAAAGUUAUCUCAAUCAGCAAACCCGAUGGAUUAACGAUCAGAUUCAGAAAAACAACAGCGACUACUGGUAUCAGAUCAGUUUGAUACUCCAUCAACUGGAAGGCAUACAAUACGGCUAUGGCAAUGUCACCCAAGGAAAAGAUGGCUACGACAUCUCUCCAAGACAUUUCCUUCUCAUGAACCUUGAUGGUGACCUUGAAGAUCUCGAGGUGGCUCUGGGAGCUCCUGCAAGUUCUCAGAGACGGAUAAUGGGCAGUGGCUCGUGUUCUAGUCUAAUAAAAGUCUUACCAGAAAUGUCGGAUGUCUUAGUCAGCCACGACAUGUGGGGCACCUAUCAUUCCAUGCUUCGUAUAUUUAAGCUCUACAACUUCUCAUUGCAUCAACAUCGACACGGUGAACUAAUUCCUGGACACAAAAUUGCGUUUUCCUCGUAUCCGGCCACUCUAGUCAGCCUCGAUGAUUUCUACAUGCUCAGCAGUAGAUUGGUGACUUUAGAAACGACAAUUGGUAAUUCGAAUGAAGAGAGGUGGAAGUACGUGAAGCCAGAAGGCACACUUUCGUAUUGGAUGAGAGUGAUAGUGGCGAACAGGAUGUCAACGGCUGGACGAGGCUGGUGCGAGAUGUUUGAGAAAUAUAACAGUGGGACAUACAACAAUGAGUGGAUGAUUUUCGAUUAUAAACGGUUUCAGCCUGGAAGUCACAGGAUAGAGCACGAUACGUUUUGGGUUCUGGAGCAAAUUCCUGGCUAUGUAGAAUAUCAUGACAUGUCGGAAGUUCUCAAUGUGAAAGGCUAUUGGGGCAGCUACAAUAACCCAGCAUUUCCCAAAGUUGCUAACAUGAGUGGUAUCCCUGAACUGAUCAAAAAGUAUGGUGACUACUUUGAUCACGAUAAAGCACCUCGAGCUCGUAUCUAUGCUCGCAAUCAAAGUCAAGUCACAGACUUAGAGUCCAUGUACAAACUGCAGAGAUAUAACAACUUCCAACAUGACCCUCUCUCCAGGUGCAACUGCACUCCACCAUACAGUGCCGAGAAUUCCAUUGCUGCUCGUUCGGAUCUCAAUCCUGCCAGUGGAAUUUAUGAAUUUCCUGCCUUAGGUCAUCGGCCCCACGGAGCCACAGACUGCAAGAUCACAAGCUCUGAGAUGAUCAAGACGCUGAGUUGUCUGGCAGAGAGUGGUCCCACUCACCAGCAACAACCCGUAUUCCAAUGGAGCACAUCCACAUUCAGCAACCUCAGUCAUCUGGGAAUGCCUGACCGCUACGACUUCACCCCCAUAACAAUCCACUGGGACUUGUAAUUAAUUAACAAAUAUCCUACAACUCUUUGUAGCUACUACUACUACUACUACUACUACUACUACUACUACUAGAUGGCAUCAUCUUAAUUUAAUACAAAAUUGCAAUAGUUGUAAAUGUAAAU